AUGGCGUCCGCCGCGGCGAAUCCGCUCACAACACCUUCGGGCUUGCGGGACAUCAUACGUCCUCAGUUCCACCAGAACAACUUCCAGGAAGAGCUCUUUGUAAAGAAUGAAUUGGGCAUCAAGCUUGAUAAGGACGACCAAAUAUGUCGGCUCUCCCUUACUGCAGCAGGGUGUCCCUUGGGUCUUCUUCAUUGUCCCCUGAGGCACACAACGCCAUCCACCCAGAACUUCCAACCGCCAAAGCAGCUGCCGACCCAUCCCCGCGAGCGAGAACGCCUGGCCACCGUCUGCAAGCACUGGCUUCGCGGCCUAUGCAAGAAGGGUGAUGCCUGUGAGUUUUUGCACGAGUAUAACCUGAGGCGCAUGCCGGACUGCUGGUGGUAUGCAAAAUACGGGUACUGCUCGGCCGGAGACGAAUGUUUGUAUGCCCACCCUAAGGAGCGUCGCAUAGAGUGCCCGGAUUAUAACAGGGGGUUCUGUAAACUCGGUCCGGACUGCCCACGUAAACACAUCCGCAGGGUAGCAUGCCAGCUGUAUUUGACCGGGUUCUGCCCGCUAGGCCCAGAUUGCCCUCGUGGCCACCCGAAACCGGAAUUACCCCCUGCCGAGGCGUACGAACCUCCACCUCAGCCAUCGGGGCGGGAUCUUGGCCCCCCUCCACCGGGCUAUGGCAGGUACGCAGACUUCGACCGUCCAUUCGGUGGCUCGUUCCCAGGUCCCAAUCCGCCGGGUGCGGGCGGCUCUGGUGGCCCCCCUGGUCCGCGGAGGAACCUCGAGGAUGUUGUGUGUUUCAAGUGUGGAGAGAAGGGCCACUACGCUAACCACUGCAGGAACCAGAUUCGGAGGCGGUGA